AUGGCCGACGGAAAGCGACCCCGCGAUGAGGAGUCCAGCGCCGAGCCGCAUGGUCUACCGCGGGUGUGCCACGAGUACUUCCGGGGGAGGGUGCCGUCGUCGGGUCCCGGAGCGUGGAUCGCCGGGCGUGGCGGCGAUGGGCCAUCGGGCGGCCCUGGAGUCUCCGAGUCCUCUUUGUCCGGCGGGCCUCCGGCGAGGGGUGACAUCGGAGCGUCUGCUGCUGCUGCCGGCGGCUCGGCUUCGUCCUCCGUCGCGCCACCGGCGCCGGUCGUUGCUGCACCGUCGGUCGCACCCGCUGAAGCACCGGGCCUACCCGCUCCAGGCUUGCUCAUGCCGGGUUCACCUGCUGCGUCCGCCGCCUCCUCGGAGUCCGAUUCUGGGGAAGUCAACCCGGACAUAGUGGCUCUGCAGCGGGAGUGCGACCUGGCGCGCGGUCGCUUUUCGUUCACUGUGGCCAAAAUCGAGCACCUGCGGGACAGCCUGCAGGCUGUCGAGGUUGCCCAGGGCGCUGCCGAGGAAGAAGUGCGCGCGGCGAGGGACGCUGCAGCGGACGCUGUUGACGCUCUUUAG